AUGAAGCUGUUUGCGCCGAACCCGGUGCUGGCUCAGUCCCGUUUCUGGUACUUUCUGCACCAGAUGAAGAAGAUGAAGAAGACGACGGGCGAGAUCUUGGACAUUAGCGAGCUCACGGAGAAGAACAGCCGCGUGAUCAACAAUUACGGCAUCUGGAUCCGGCUACAACUCACGCAGCGGCACGCACAACAUAUGUACGCGGAACUGGCUGGCCGUCACCGCGCGCGCCCUCGCUCGAUCCAGAUCAUGCGUACGGCAAUUGUGUCGGCUAAGGACGCAAAGAAGCUGAACGUGCAGCAGUUCCACGACUCGAAGAUCUCGUUCCCGCUGUCCCACCGUCUGCCACGCGCUGCCGAGAAGCACCAGAAGACGGUCUUCAAGGCUUCGCGUCCUUGCACGUUCCGCGGAUAA